GCUGCCGCUCCUCCUAAGGGAAGUAGCGCCGCCAUUUUCUUUGGCGGACCGAAGUGAGUGUUGUGGUUCCACACGGGGGAAACGAGUUUCCUUAAGCGCUGCCAUUGCCUUGAGUGUCAGUCUCCUUUCAGGCGGUAGAGCGAAAGCGAAGGCGGAGGCGAAGCUUGAAAUAGAAUGAGUGGCUGUCGUGUCUUUGUUGGACGUUUAAGUCCCCAUGCUCGGGAGCGAGAUGUAGAAAAAUUUUUCAAAGGAUAUGGCCGUAUACGUGAGAUUAAUCUCAAAAAUGGCUUUGGUUUUGUGGAAUUUGAGGAUCACAGAGAUGCAGAUGAUGCAGUUUAUGAACUGAAUGGUAAAGAGCUGUGUAAUGAAAGGGUUACAAUUGAACAUGCCAGAGCCCGAAGAGGGGGUAGGGGCAGAUACCCACAGCGGUUCAAUUACUACCAGUCUUAUGGGGGUGGAUCUAGUCAGUAUGGUCCACCUCUUCGUACUGAACACAGACUUAUAGUUGAGAAUCUUUCUUCACGUGUCAGCUGGCAGGAUUUGAAAGACUUCAUGAGGAAGGCUGGGGAAGUUACUUUUGUAGAUGCUCACAGAAACAAUCCAAAUGAGGGAGUGGUAGAGUUUGCAUCGUCCAGUGACAUGAAGAGUGCCUUGGAUAAGCUGGAUGGCAGUGAGUUGAAUGGGCGCAGAAUUAAACUAAUUGAAGAUCGCAAAAGGCGCAGGACCCGAUCUCGUUCUCGAAGUUAUUCAAGAUCUCGCAGCAAGUCAAGAUCUGCAAGAUCCUCCAAGUCAACCAGCAAGUCUCGUUCUAGAAGCCACACCCCUGAAAAAAGGGGCUCUCGGAGCCGUACACCGGAAAAAAAAGGCUCUGAGAAAAACCACCACUCUGGCACACAGAAUUCCUCUCCAUCUCCUACCCCGAAGAAGAGGUCUCGCUCUAGAUCAAGCUCCGCUGAAAGUUGCACUUAAGAUAUUUUGAGAAACGUAUGAAUGUUUAAUUUCCAAAUCAAAUUUUCUACAAGCUUAAAUAAGUUGUGGAUGGGGGCAUUCUCAAAUGAGCACAGAUGUCUGAGUGCAUUUAGUUAGGUAAAUUGUAACCAGUAAAAAACCCAAUAAAUUGGCAAAUUACACCCAAAUGUACUAUGCACUGUGUUGAGGCCUUGCUGACUAAAGUAGGACACGUUGGAGUGUUGUCUUCAUUGAUGUACACAAUGAAUUUAAGACCUAGACUGUGGUGCUGCUUUUCAGAGUCCUCUGUGCUUUGCACAUAGAUUGUCUUGUACUUAGCAACCAGUAAACCAUCAAGUUCACUACUAACAUGAAGUUUUAAGCUCGACAUAGCAGUUCUGUUUAGUAGUGCACAGAAGGGUAUCUGGAUCCUGAAUGAUUUGUGGCUUAUUCCACACUAAUAUUUAUAUAUCAAAGUAGCAAACCUCAGAAAUGUUUAAUGUUACCAGGUUAAGUUGCAAUGCAUUUUGGAAUACUUGUUUAGAUUAGAUCUUGGUUGAGAAGUGUGUUUCUGCUUUGAGUUUGCUCUGGACUGGUACUGAACUUUUCAUGAUGUUCCAAGUAGAAGGGAAUCUUCAAUACAGCAGUUUAGGAAAACAUUUAAUCCAUUUUGUAGAGGAUGCCCUUAAAAAUUUAAAGACACGCCACUCUUACUGAAGCUCCAAGUUUUUAUUUUAAUAGCAUACAAAAAGUAUUGUUCUGUAUGGCUUCCAGUACAUGACAGUAAUUGUUAGAGGUACAUGAGAUAUUGGAAGCAAUCAAUUGUCAAAUAUAAUGGAAGAUAAUAUUCAGUCUGUCAAGGUAAGUAAAAGCUUAAUGUGUUGUCAAUUUAUGAAUGCUAAAUUGUGAAGUGGCAUUUUCCUUAGUUCUACAAAACAUGAUUUAGCUUUUGUUAAUAGGUAGUACCUUAACUUUGUGAUCAACUAAAUUAUCUGGCUUCCAUGUAGCUAAAAUGAGGGAAUCCAUUUGAAAUAUUUGUAAGCAACCUUAAAAAUGUUUAAAUGUACUGAUGUGCUAUAGUAUAUAAAAUAAAUCUCCCUGUAUCUCCCCUGCUUUUUGCAGCUUUGGUGGUAUUGCUCAUUUAAACUACAUUGGUAAACUUUUCUUUGUUAACAGUUUUUGUUUCCAAUAAAAUUGAUACACAAUGAAA